AUGUUGAGUACUAGUAAAUGUCACGGAUGUUACAGAAAGAACAACCUGUUAAAUCACAUAGUUAGGACUAAACGAAAAAAAUACAUCAGCGACGAUUUCGGUUCACAUGAUCCUCCCGCAGAACUGUUGCUAUCACGCAAUGUACAUUGCUCCUCUUCGCCGGCCAUCGACGGAUCCACUCUAUCCAUAAAAGGGAAUGUCAUAUCAUCCGCAUCAUUGUGGGGAACAAAAUCGGGCUGUAACCACGCCGCCGGUGAUAUAACCCGGUUUUCGGAUCAGUUAGCUAUACUUGCCCAAGGCAUGGCAAGUAAUCCCCCAUCAUCUGGUUCACAGUGGCCACAUCCUGUAUCUGUAUCUAUGGCUCCUCAGAGUUUUAUUCCUCCCUAUCCUAUGCAAGUACCGAUGCAAUUCCGUCCUGCAGGACAGACACCACAAGGACAGCUAUUUAUUUCUCCACAAGGUACUCAGCAAUUUCAUCCAGCUGGACAAUCCCAAAAUCUUGUCAUGGCUCAAGGUCAAAAUCAACCACCUCAGUUUUCUCAGCCUUUGCAACAGUUUAUGCCACGGCCAGCACAGCCCGGCCAUGCUGUACCUCCUCAAUCAAGUAUGCCUAUGACAACAGGUGUUCCGCAGCCUCAACCCACUGGCCCGAGCCCAGGAGUUUCAUUUUCGUCAUCAUAUACUUAUGCCCCAUCUUCUUUUGGCUUGCCACAGAGUAGCAUCAGCAUGCCUUCUCAAUUCCAGCAUUCACCUCAGAUCUCUACACCUCUUGGUCCCACUGGGACACAACAACCUUGGUUACACUCAGGUCAGAGUACGCCAGUUGUGGCGCCAUUGCAGCAAGCAUUUACUUCUAGUGCAACUGUACCCGUUGUUAAUGGUUCUAGUGCUGUGCAGACUGCUUCUGAUUGGCAAGAAUAUGAGGCUGCUGAUGGAAGAAGAUACUAUUACAACAAGAUUACAAAGCAGUCCAGUUGGGAGAAGCCUGCUGAGUUGAUGACUCCAUUGGAGAGAGUAAACGCAUCCUCGAUUUGGAAAGAAUUCACUACUCCAGAGGGUAAAAAGUAUUAUUACAACAAGGAGACGAAGCAAUCUAAAUGGACAAUACCAGAUGAGCUGAAGUUGGCUCGUGAGCAGGCUGAAAAGGCUGCUGCUGGUGGAGGUCAAUCAUUAAUGAGUGUUAAUGUACCAACCGCUGCUAGUGGCACAUCUUCUGAACAGCCAUCUGGUACAGUGAACUUGGCCAGCUCCACCACAUCAAUAAUAACUGGAGUGACUUCAAGUCCUGCCCCAGCAACAUCCGUUGGUUCUGAUGCUAAUGCUCCUAAUGUUACAAUUUCUGAACCUGCUGCUGUGCCUGCAUUACAGAAUGCUACACCAGGUGCAUUUGGGGUGUCUGUGGGAGUAAGAGUGGCUUCCUCCUCUUCUGAAGUUCCUGGAAGUUCUGGUGUUCCAGCUAAAUCACCGAGCACUAUUUCAACGGCAAUGGCUAGCACGGACUAUCCAUCGUCCCAUGCUGGAGUUAGUCCUUUGGUUGGAGCUUCUAUCCAGGAUACUGAGGAUGAAAAUAAAGGAACAAGCCUUGGUGGAAAACCAAAUGUUACACCAGCAGAAGAGAAAGCGAUAGAUGAUGAAACCGUAGAAGCCAAAAGUGCAUUCAAAGCAUUAUUAGAGUCUUCAAAUGUUGAGGCUGAUUGGACUUGGGACCAGGCUAUGAGAGUGAUAAUUAAUGACAAAAGAUAUGGUGCUCUGAAAACCCUUGGUGAACGAAAGCAAGCUUUCAACGAGUAUUUGAUGCAACGGAAAAAAGUGGAAGCUGAGGAGAGACGUCAGAGGCAGAGAAAAGCAAAGGAGGACUUUAUGCAGAUGCUAGAAGAAUCUGAAGAACUCACAUCAUCCACAAGAUGGAGCAAAGCAAUUACAAUGUUUGAAGACGAUAAACGGUUCAAAGCUGUUGAGCUGGAAACAGACCGCGAGGAUCUCUUUAGAAACCAUUUAGUGGACUUGCAUAAAAAGGAGAAGGCAAAGGCUCAAGAGGAGUACCGGCGGAAUAGGCAGGAAUUUAGGCAAUUUCUUGAAUCAUGUUCAUUUAUCAAGGUGGAUAGCCAAUGGCGUAAGAUUCAGGAUCAACUGGAAGAUGACGAAAGAUGCACCCGCCUUGAUAAAAUAGAUCGGCUGGAUAUUUUUCAGGAUUAUAUCCGUGACUUGGAGAAGGAAGAGGAUGAGCUGAAGAAGAGGCAAAAGGAACAAUUGAGACGCACUGAGCGAAAAAAUCGCGAUGCAUUUCGCAAGAUGAUGGAAGAGCACAUUGCUGAUGGCACUCUUACUGCUAAAACCCACUGGCGCGAUUAUUGCCAGAAAGUCAAGGACAAUGAUGCAUAUGAGGCUGUUGCCUCAAAUAUUUCUGGUUCCACCCCUAAAGAUUUGUUUGAGGAUGUUGCGGAAGAAUUGGAGAAAAAGUACGACGAAGAUAAAGCACACAUAAAGGAUGCUUUGAAGCAGGAAAAGAUUACAGUUGCACCAACGUGGAACUUUGAAGACUUUAAGUCUUCAAUUGAAGAGAGCGUUGGCAGCCUCUCGAUAUCUGAUAUCAAUUUGCAGCACAUAUGCCUUUUGCAAAUAGUUUUCCUGGUGAGUUUUCUUGUUAUUGAAAUUGAAAGAGUAAACGUUAGAUUACAAGUUCUUUUAGAAGUUUCAAGCUUAAGCGUGGGACCGAAAAGUUCUGUUAAUACUCUAGCAGUAGAUGCUAGAAAAAUCUAUAAGUUGGCUGUUGCAUUACUAUUCCUCAGUCAUGUUUUUGGAGUGAAAUUGCAGCUUGUAUACGAGGAUCUAAUUGAUCGCGCUAAAGAGAAACAAGAGAAAGAGGCGAAGAAGCGUAAACGUCUGGCCAAGGAUUUCACUGAUAAACUGAGCACCGUUAAGGAAAUAACUGUUAUGUCUACUUGGGAUGAAUGCAAAGAACUUGUCGAGGACAGUUCAGAGUACAGGUCCUUGGGAGAUGAAAGCUUGUGCAGGGAGAUAUUUGAUGAAUAUAUAUCUCGCUUACAAGAGAAAGCAAAGGAAAAGGAUCGCAAGCGGGAAGAUGAAAAGGCCAAAAAGGAGAAAGAACGAGAGGAAAAAGAAAAGAGAAAGGACAAAGAUAGAAGAGAGAAAGAGAGGGAGAAGGAGAAAGAAAAGGACAGAGACAGGGACUGGGAUCGUGAGAGAGAGAAGAAAGAUGGUUCAAGAAAGGAUGAAGAUGUCGAUAAUACGGACAAUUUGGAAAGUUACGGCCACAAAGACGAGAAAAGAAGGGAAAAGGAUCGAGACAGAAAACAUAGGAAGCGCCGUCAGAGCUCGGUUGAUGAUGCGAGUUCUGACAGAGAUGACAAAGAGGAGACCAAAAAGUCCAGACGACAUGGCAGUGACCGUAAAAAGUCAAGAAAGCAUGUAUAUUCGCCUGAAUCAGAUAGCGACAGUAAGCACAAGCGAAACAAAAGGGACCACCGAAAAAGUGGUGGUCAUGAGGAGCUUGAAGAUGGUGAGCUUGGUGAAGAUGAUUUGUAA